AGGAAAUAAAUAUCUUCAAAAUCUUAGAGAAGAAGGAAAAGAGAGAAGGAAAGAAAAGAUGGCCACGGAGAAGAAAGAGAUGGAAGUGGUGAAAGGUCUAGACUUGGAGAGGUACAUGGGCCGUUGGUACGAGAUUGCUUCUUUCCCUUCCAGGUUUCAGCCCAAGGACGGUGUAGACACUCGCGCCACCUACAGCCUUAACCCUGACGGCACGGUUAAAGUCUUGAACGAGACGUGGAACGGAGGCAAGAGAGGUUUCAUCCAAGGGUCAGCUUUCAAAACUGAUCCUAAGAGCGAUGAGGCAAAGUUCAAAGUCAGGUUCUACCUCCCUCCUUUCCUCCCUAUCAUUCCCGUUACCGGUGAUUACUGGGUGCUGUAUAUAGAUCCUGAGUACCAGCAUGCGGUCAUUGGGCAGCCUUCGAGGAGUUAUCUCUGGAUCCUGAGCAGGACGGCGCAUGUGGAGGAAGAGACAUACAAGGAGCUGGUGGAGAAGGCGGUGGAGCAAGGGUAUGACGUCAGCAAGCUUCACAAGACACCUCAGAGUGACACACCACCCGAGUCCAACGCUGCUCCUGAUGACACCAAGGGCAUUUGGUGGCUCAAAUCUAUCUUUGGCAAAUAGUUUAUAGAAAAACACAAGACUUGUUUUCACCUCCUUUUACUUCCCUUUGUCUGUGUAUUGUCUGUGUAAUAUACUACUACCCCUUUUGUUUACUCCAGUGAACAUCAUCGUUCUGCU